AUGGCUGAAGGAGAAAUCACCACCUUCUCAGCCCUGACAGAGAGAUUUAAUCUGCCUCCAGGAAACUACAAGAAGCCCAAACUGCUCUACUGCAGCAACGGGGGCCACUUCUUGAGGAUCCUUCCAGAUGGCACAGUGGAUGGGACAAGGGACAGGAGUGACCAGCACAUUCAGCUGCAGCUGAGUGCGGAAAGCGCGGGCGAAGUGUAUAUAAAGGGUACAGAGACAGGCCAGUACAGGAACAUGGACACGGAUGGCCUUUUAUACGGCUCACAGACACCAAAUGAAGAAUGCCUGUUCCUGGAAAGGCUGGAAGAAAACCAUUACAACACUUAUACAUCCAAGAAGCACGCAGAGAAGAACUGGUUUGUGGGCCUCAAGAAAAACGGGAGCUGCAAGCGUGGUCCUCGGACUCACUAUGGCCAGAAAGCAAUCUUGUUUCUCCCCCUGCCUGUAUCUUCUGACUAG